CUUUCUGCGUGUGGUCAUCAACUUAAUACAAACCGGCUAACGCAUAAAGAAUGACACACCUUUAUCUACAAUAAAAGUUUACCUGAGAUUCUAUCUAGUUCAAGUAACCUCGCCUGUCAAAGAAGAACAAAUAUUUUGUCCAGAUUAAAACUUAAUAAAACAUGCACUGAAUUAACAGUAACAAAACACCGUGUAGUUUACCCACUAGUACAUUUUGCCUACUACAAGCUUAAACGUGAACUUGAAUUCAAGAUGCGGUGCUUCUACUUCCGGAAUUUUAUCCAGCGCAAUAUUACCUUACUCAACAAGAAAGAGGCUGCGAGUUUUUCGGGUUAGGCGCUUUAAAUUGUUUAAUGGCUAAUCGAAGAACGUUCUCAGUUAACCAUUUCUUAUGUGAACUGUGUCUAAUUUGUAGACCCGCAUUACUUAUUUGGAUAUCGUGAUGAUGCUGUCAUCAGGUGCAUUAAACUUGGAACUGAAGUUAACACAAGUGGAAUGUAAUUUGGAGCAACCUCUAGUACACUUCUAUGGACAGUAUACCACUGUUUGUGAGUUUGACUAUCACAUACUUCAAAAUGAAAUGCAGCUGAUUCCAAAAGUAAAAGGCACUGUUGGAACUGGUGAGUUUUGCUUUGUGGAAGACACUGACCGAGAGUGGUAUAGAGGAAGAGUACUGGAAAGAAAAAAUGAAAUUUACAAAGUAUUCCUUAUUGAUAUUGGAAAUGUGCUCACAGUUACUGCUGCCCAUAUUGCUGUUGCCUCUGGUGAGAUGUUUCAGAUACCUUCAAAGGUAGUACAGGGCAUAUUUGCCAAUAUAUUACCAGUUGUGCAGAAAUGGUCUCCUUUGGCUGUAAAAUAUUUCUCAUCAUUGAAGGGAUCAGAAGUUAAAGGCUAUGUUCAGGAAACAUUGCCCCAGCAUGUUAUACUUCUUGAAGUACCUCAUAUUAAUAGCCAGGCAUUUGAAUUACAUUUAGCAAAGUAUGUUGACAGCAGUACAUUUUGCCUUCUUGUGGAACUGUUGAAAGAACUGCCUCCAAACACUAGACACACAUGCAUGCCAGAUCUGCUGCAGGAACCGUGCAGGAAACCUGAAUUAUCAUUUAUACACCAUCAUAAGUUACUUCCAAAUGUUCAGCUUGUAGUUGAUCAUAUGAAGCCAUGUUUGCAAGGAAAUGUUGUAAUGUGCGUGAAGAUAGUUACUGCUGUUAGCCCUCAAAAAUUCUACUGCCAAAAUAUUCAUUAUAUAAAAGAUUUAGAAGUACUGUCCCAUCGUAUGUCCUUAUAUUAUGAUGCAAUGAGCACAGAGGAUUCAUUUUGUGAUCAUUUUGGAAUAUUUUGUGCUGCUAAACGGAAAGAUGGACAGUGGCACAGGGGCAUAAUGCAGCAACUCUUACCCACUGGUUUGGUAGUGGUCUGGUUUACGGAUUUUGGAAUCUGUGAAGCUGUGAUCCCUGAUCAUGUUAGAAAACUUAAACCAGAAUUUAAUGUAUUACCUGUCAUGUCGAUUCCUUGUACACUGACAUCUCUUGGUAUUGAAGAUGAAACUGCAAAGACUGCUCAGCUGGCUCAGUUUAAGCAAGGGUUGUUGGGACACCCAUUGUAUGCAUACAUUGAUCAUUUUGAUACCACUGAAUUUCUGUAUUAUGUAACACUUUGCAGCCAGGAUAGGAAUCCAAAUGGGAUGGAGAUGGUAGUUGACAGAAUUAUGCAGGACAUUAUACCGUCGAAGAGCAAGUAUACUGAACAUACUAGUGAUGUACCUUUAGUAGAAAAUAACAGUGUUCAGAUGAAUGGUGGCACUUCUUCACUACUGUUUCUUGGAGAACCACAACCCAAAGUAAAUACAUUAACUGGAAAAGAUCCCUUUUCAAAAUACUCCUAUCAAACAACAGAGCUGAAAGAAAGCAGAGUUUAUACUGCUUAUGUUGAAUAUGUGUUGAAUCCAUCUAACUUUUGGAUCAGAACUAAUGAACAUGAUACUGAUUUUGAAGAAAUGAUGCAGAAUCUUGCCGACUCGUAUAAUCCACUUUGUCUCAGAGAUAGGUCUGUGGACAAUCCAGAACCUGGUUUAAUUUGCUGUGCCAGGUAUAGUAAAGACCUUCAUUUUUAUCGUGCUGUCAUUACAGAAGUACUUGAUAUUGAAGUAGUUGUUUAUUUUUUGGACUUUGGCAAUACCGAUACUGUACCUUUUUCUUUUGUGAAAACUCUAAAUCCUGAAUUUUUCCAUCUUCCAGCUUUAGCUGUGUGCUGUUCACUUGCUGAUCUGUAUCCUGUUGAUGAUGUGUGGACAAAGAAUGUAAACGAUUUCUUUAAGAAAGCUGUAUUUAACAAAGCUCUCUUGGUGUAUGUCAUUUCCAAAAAGGGCGACAAGUAUAUGGUAGAUAUUCAUGAUACAGACAUUCCAGGGGAGCCUAGCAUUAUCAGCCUUAUGACUCAAGCUGGGCAUGCUGAGUACUGGGAAAUAGAGCAGAAAUUGGUCUGUGGCGCUCAAGUUGAUUCCAAAGUACCCACUUCCAAAAAAUUACAAAACAAACUCAAUGUUAGAUAUAACAAAUGCACAUCUGAAAUUAAAAAUAAUAAAAUUUUGCAAAGGAAGGAGUCUGCAUGUCAAAGCCAGUUUUCUUCAUUUAAUAGUUAUAGAAAUGAAAAUCUGCUGACAUCUCUGCCUUCCAAGUGGAAAGAUUUUGCUUGCAGAAAUGCUUUCAGGAGCAGAGUUCCUGCCGUGUGUAUAUCUCCUUACAAACAACAUUCAUUUAAUUUAGGAAGCCUUCUGGAUGUUAAAUGUUCAUCCUUUAUCUCACCAACAGAAUUUUGGUGUCAACCAACAGGAAAGUUAACUGAAUUACAUGCGCUUAUGUCUUCCAUUCAGCGCUAUUAUGCAGUUCACAGUGAUCCAUAUCAGGUAGGACAGACUGCUUGUAUUGCCAAGUCUUCAAAAGAUGGUAAUUGGUAUAGAGCAGCUGUUAUUAAACAACUCAGCUGCAAUGAACUUGAAGUCAUCUUUGUUGAUUAUGGAACUCAAGAAAGGAAAUAUCUCUCUGAUCUCCGUGCUUUAAGACCUGAUUUUCUUAUUUUGGAGGCUCAGGCAUUUAGAUGUAGCCUUUACAGUUUAAUUGAACCCAUAGAUGGUGAUCCCUUUAACUGGAACAAAGAUGCAUGCAUGGCUUUUGGGGACUUUUUAAAUACUGAAUGCAGCAUGCCUCUUAAGUGUGUAGUGUAUGCAUUAACUUUUUUUAACAGAAAAGGUUUAUGCAAUAUAGUUGACCUUUGUACCUCUUUCAUAAGUGCAAGACAGUUUCUGAUAGAUAAAGGCCAUGCAAAAAAAUGGGAACUGCAAAAGGUAUUGAGCCCAGUAAUCCAGCUUCAGAGUUUUUAUUAUAGCUCCUUCGGCAUUAAAGUUGGUAGCGAAGAAGAGAUUUAUGUAACUCAUAUUAAUAGUCCAGCACACUUUUACUGCCAACUUGGAAGAAAUUCUGGAAUAGUUGAUGCUUUAAUCACAGAUAUUGAAACAUUUACCAAAUUAAUACAUGGAAAGAAGAAGAAAAUGUGCAGUUCUGGUGUCUGUGUAGCAAGAUAUUUUGGAGAUGGCCACUGGUACAGGGGGUUAGCAUCUCCUACAGAGUCAAUGUCUCAUUUAAAGGUGUUUUUUGUGGACUUCGGUGAUAUACAUAUUAUUGAAGCUGAUGAAGUUAUUUCAAUUCCUGACGAUGCCCUACAAUUGUUGUUCACACCUAUGCAAGCAAUCAAAUGCCAGCUUUCAGAUAUUGUAGCUGAAUUGCCAGUUCACAUCUGUAAAUAUUUUGAAAAUAACACUCUAGAUAAACUGCUUAAAGCUGUAUUUGUUGGUAAAGAAUGUGAUGGCAGUUUGUUGGUUGAAGUGUAUGAUGGAAAUCUUUGCAUAAACCAGAAAAUAGAUGAAAUGUUGUACCUGGAGAAAAAGAAGCAACAUAGCAGUAUGAUUCCAGAAACUAAAAACAGUACAACAUUUAAAGAAGUUACUGUAAAUAGCACAAACAGUAAAAACAGACUGAUCGUCCAAACAAAAGUGAAAAAACAGUUUAGCAAUACUGUUUUGCAUGACACUGAUGUGGCAGUAGUAGAUAAAAGAACUGAAGUUCUGGUGAGUAAAACAAAGAUUAAGGAUACAGAGCCAGACCUUUUGCAGGUGGUGGUUGAAUCUAAGCUAGAUGCGUCUCCUUCAGAUACCCCCAGGCUAGAACAUGUUGAAGAGUGGGAAAGUAAAGAAUCAAAUGAAUUUUCUAAACAGAUGAAUCAUUUUACUUCUGUGGAAAAAGCAAAUGAACAAUGGGAUGAAGUGCUGAAGGAAUCACAGCAGAGUUGUAGUUUAAAAUUAUCAAACAUAAGUGACCUUCCCCAGUAUGGAAUUGUGCCUUGUUCUAAACAUAUAGUGUACAUUUCUCAUGUGAUUAAUCCCUCAGAUUUAUUUGUACAGUUUGCUGCAGAUGAAGAUGCAAUAGCUCAGCUUGCAGAGGAACUAAAUGAAGAUAGUAACUGUGACUGUCUGAGUACAAUACCUGGUGGCAUAGUAGCAGCUGGGGAUCUUGUUGCAGCCAGCUAUGCUUACGAUGGUUCUAUGUACAGAGCAUUUGUUAAACAGGUAUUUCCAAAUGGCUCCCUUGAAGUAGAAUUUAUUGACUAUGGUAACUCUGCAAUUGUGAAUGACAGUGAUAUUUAUCAGCUGAAUGAUAAAUUUCUUGCAAAGCCUAGACUUAGUUUGCAUGUUUCUCUUUGUGGAGCACAAGGCACUGAUGCAGGUGGGUCUUGGAGCAAUGAAGCUGUGCAGUAUUUUGCUGGAAAACUAAACGACAAGGCUGUAACUUGUGAGUUUUUUCAACUUUCUGGUCAGCAGUGGAGAGUAAGAAUAACUUACGACGACAAAGAUAUUGCUGAAGAACUGAUUGCAAGAAAUUUAGCAGUUUGCAUACUUUCACCAAAAAUAUUAGCUACCGGGAAAGAAAUUUACCAGCCUUGUGCUCUUUCUUUGAACUCCAAUGCAAAAAAGCAGACUUUGCAACACAAAACAGUGGACAAGAAAGAUUCUACAUUAGUGCUGUUUGCAGAAUGUGAAGAUGCAGUAGAGAAAAUAUAUAUUCAAAAAAUGCAUCCUCAGCAAGUUAAAGCUGGGCAGGUUGAGAUUGUCACUGUACUACUAACCAGUGGUGCUGAGCAAUAUUUUUACAUAAAACUGAAGAACCAUAUGCAAAUUCCAACUGUCUCAGGCUUGACAUUUGUCCUAGAAGAAGCAGAAGGAAGCAGCAGUAUUACUAAAGAUGACUUAAGAGAAUGGCUUGAAUGUCUAGCAAAGUCUGACAUAGAUUCCCAGUGGUAUCGUGCUGAGAUCAAAAAGUGCAACAGAGAUGAUGGUAACGUUUUAGUGUUCUUGGUUGACUUUGGGAAAGUGGAAGUUGUGUGUUUGUCUAAUAUCAGUAUGUUAACCCAAAAAAUAGAAAACAUCCCAAAACAGUUGCUGCUUUGUAAAUAUGUGGACUCAGAGAAUAAUGGAGAAAAAAAUGAGUUUUUUCCAGAUACAGACCCCCUAUUUGCUGACCGAGAAAUAAAAAUUGUAUUUGUUAGCUAUAAUGAAGCAUCUCAAGCUUGGGAAGUUGAAGUCAAUGCAGAUGAAGCUCUUUCAUUAGAUAGUCAGUGUUUGUUACCUUUAGUGGGCACAGAUGAUAUUCAGCUGCAUCCUGACCAAAGGCUAAAUGUAUGUGAAAGUGAUGUAAAGAAUGAAGUAAAUAAUUCACUUGUCUUGGAAAAGCAAGACACUGAAGCUUUCUCUUCCAAGUCUUUACCAACAGAAACGAUUCUCCCUGAUAUCUGUGCACCCCUACCAGAAAAUCAUUUACCUGUAUUUGACAGAGCAUCAUUUAAUUUAAAUGAAGCCUACAAGGGUUUUGCUACAGCAGUACUUGAUCCAUCAGAUUUUCAUAUUCAGUUAGAAGAUUCAUUUGAAGUAAUGAAAACACUGUCGUCAUUGUUACUGGAGCUCUCAGAGUCUUUGCCAUCUUUGAUUAAAGCUGAUGUAAUUCCUGGUUCAUUCUGCUUAAUUCGAUGUGUGUUUGACAAACAGUGGUAUAGAGGAGAAAUUGCUGAGGUCACAGAUACAUUCAUACUAGUUAAAUGUAUUGACUAUGGUUUCUGUAUAUAUGUUUCGCACACUGAUAUUGAUAAACUGAAAGUUCUUCCUGAAGUGCUUUCUAGGUUGCCAAGACUUGCAUGCUCAUGUGUUUUGAGGGGAGUAAUGCCUCCAAAUAGCAAGCAAUGGACAGAUGAAGCAGCAAACUUUUUUCAAGAGUGCCUAGCCCAGCAAAGCUUGAUUAUUAAAUUUCAGCAGUUCGUAAGAGGAGUGGGAUGGGUUGUAGAAAUUUUUGUCAAUAAUGAGAAAGCAGCAGAUAAAUUAGUUGCUGCAAGGCAUGCUAUUUAUUCUGCACUUAACCCUUGGCCUUAUUCUACUUAUUCAGAUGUCUGGAAGGUACAUAAAUCUAGGUUUGAAAUUGGAUCUAAAGAAUGUUUGGACAAUUCAUUUUUGAAACGGUGGGGAAAAGAAGAAAAUGGCAGCAACAUUCGUUUAAGUUCUGGAAAUAAAUUACUACAUCAGCAGCAAGAUUUAGAAGAAUCUGAAAUGCAUGCAAUUCUUCAUGAGUGUGUAGAUGAAUUUUUGGUCUGCAAGAAAGAUGAGCUAAUGCACAAACUUUAUGAUCAUCCGUGGAAUUGCCAUCUUAGUGGAGAAAACAGUUAUUUGAACAAUGAUUCUGAACUAGGUCCUGUAAAUUACUCGAGUAUGAGAACAGCUAAGCAACAGCUGACAAAAAGGCUACCUACUGAGAGAAAAAGGGCAAUUAGAGCAAAUAGAGGUACAGACAGAGAAGUAAUUCCUUUUUUGAUGUCGAAAAAGAAUAGGAUUUUUAAAAUCCUGCUUACAGGGAAUACCGAAUGCCAUCAGAUGUAGAUCUUGACAAGAUAAGAAGAUAUUAAAAAGCUUACCUGAGAAUCCAAACAUCCCGUUCCAGUCACAUUUCAUUAUAUGGGCAGACAGUUAAAAGGAAGACUGCUUUCAUCAGCUACAUGGCAGAACCCAGAAAAUAAACAUAAAGUAAAGGAAAUAUUGGAAAAAAAACAGAUGAUGAUUUCUUCAAUCAAGAUAUUCAUGAAAGAAACCGUUUGUGACAUACCAUUUGACAUGACUAGCUGCAUUUAAUUAUGGAAUAUGUUUGUGAUCUGCAGUAGUUGUGUGCCGAGUUCUCAGACUCAAAUUUUUUAAGUGUGUGACUUUGGAUCUAUCAUGCUCUGUAUAUUGCAAGCGUUUAAGGAUUUCUAGAGUAGUAGAGGUUAAAAAAAAUGAAAAGCCUCAGAGCUACUUUUUUUCUUUCCAGUAUACCUUCAUGCUUUGCAGUCUGCUACCAUUUCACACCAUGCAGCUGUUUGUUAAGGGAAAAAUUGAAAGGGCUUGAAAUAACAGAAUGAUAACUUUAUCUGAAAAAGGUUUGCUACAGUUUUGUGCAUUUCUCUUACCAGUUGGUGGAGAUAGGCACUUGAUUAGCAAUAAUUGUUCUUUGUCUUCAUCCCCUCAGUCUCCUGGCUGACAUUAUAUAUUAGAAUCUAGUGAUUAUAUAUGAUAAAUUGUAUUGCAGUUAAUUUGUAAUGCUCUAAACAGAACUGAAAUGUAAAGGGAAAGCAAAUGUAAAGGGAAAGCAGCCAGCCAAAAAAGUUGUGUGCUUUCAUGAAACUUGAGCAUUAAGAGCAAAAAGACUGCUAAAAAUAAAAAAAUAAUGAAGGGUGUCGCUCUGUACAUUUUCUUUCGUUAUGUCAUGUGUUUUGGAUGCUUUGUAAGGCUUUCAUUUGCUUUUCUUUUAUUUAUGUUGGAAGAGAUUCAGUAAACCAUUACACAGUUGUAGAAAUGAACAAGUCCUUUAAUUAGAAAAGAUCAUUUCCCAUUAUAUUUUUUCUAAGUCAUGAAUAAUGUAUGUCCUUUUUACAACUUUUCCUUGUAACUGGAUAUCAUCCUUAUGGCACUUAUUCUAAAGUGUCAUAUUGUCUGAUCAUUUUCUGAUAGCUAAACCAUUGAACAGUUUUAAGAUAAGCAGUAGGGGCAAGUGAUAUUUACAUAGACUGUCUUAAAAUAAAUGGCAGUUCUGGAAUAAUUGAGUGUACUGAAGGGAAGCUUCACUGUUUAUUUUAAUGUGGGCCAGCAAAUUAAGAAUAAUUCCAUCAUUUAUUCUUUGCUAACCACCUUCACCCAGCUGAGGGUUUUGGGUGAGUGCCAGAGCCUAUCUCAGGAGUUAAAGGAUACAGAGCAGCAAAAAAAUCUUGUGGAAUGCCAACCCGUUGUAGGAUACAUGGACACAUACACACCCUUUCACAAAGGACGUGCAUACCUGCUUGUAGUUUGGAUGCUCGCAAGUUCACCUGAAUCAUGUCUUCAGUAUGUGGAAGGAAACCAGGGCAUCUACCUUAAACCAUUGUGGACAUAGGCUAUGCAGACUCUGCAUGGAAGAUACCCCAAGGGAGAACCAAAUUGGCGAACCAUGCAUAUUCUGAUGCACAAAAGCUUACUGUUUACUGCCGUGACACCCUUCACUGGUGCAUGAGGUUGGAGGGUAGUUAACAUUCUGAAUUUGUUUCUUGUUAGAGUACAGUAAACAUUUCUUCAGACUGUGGUCA